UAAAGCAUCAGAGAGGGGCAGAUUGAGAGAGUGCUGACCCAGAGUGACCAUGGCUUCCCUCGAGUUAAGCUGUGAAGUAUCCGAAGAGAACGUAGAACGCAAGGAGGCAUUUUGGGCCCAAUGGAAGGACCUGACAUUGUCCUCCCGGCCAGAGGAGGGUUGUUCUGUGCAUGAAGAAGACUCCGAGCGUCGGGAGACGUACCACCGGCAGGGGCAGUGCCGGGCGCUGGUGCAGUGCUCACCCCUGCAGGUGAUGCGGAUGGGUCUCCUCGGCCAUAGGUUGCAGGAGUACCAGCUGCCGUACGCACGGACGCUGCCUCUGCCCAUCUUCACGCCCUCGAAGGUGGGCUUCAAGGAAGACCGGGAGGCUACCCCUGUCCAACUUCGGGAACUCCUGGCUCUGGAAACCGCCCUGGGGGGGCAGUGCCUGGACCGGCGCGAGGUGGUUGAGAUCAAAAAGGAGCUGCCCCCCGUGGUGGCCGCCAGCCACCCCCAGUUCGGCAAACCGGGUGCCCCCCGCCGCUCCCUGUCCCGCUCCCUAUCCCAGGAAGCACAAAGAGGCUGAAGAGGGAUCUGGGGGUGAAAUUCCUGCUCCCCCGACUCCCGUGCCCACCCUGCUGUGGGCACUACCCGCCUAAGACUGGGGGGUGGGAAGGACUGGUCAUUAAAGCUUCGUAGUUAGCCCAAGUUGGGUUGGGGAAGUGAGAGCUGAAGAGCAGAAUGUGUGGGUCUUCUGAGCUCCCAGAGGGAGGAGGUGAUAGUGAAAAGAUGGGAGCUGGGGUACAUCGACAUCACCUGAACAGUGUGGGCAAGAGUUAGACGAGAGGGUAUUGGAUCCAGAGUAAAAAGGGGAGAGUGAAUGGGGGAUUGGGAAGCUCCCUGGAAAGAGACCAGAUGGAAGGGGGAUGUGAAAGUGGAGGGGGGAGCCCCAGUGGGAGGAGACAGGGUGGGGGGCGGUGUCGGGGUCCCGCCCAAGCAUCAUCUGUUAGUGCUACAAUAAAAGCAAAAGCUGGCUCUG